GGGGCGGGGCUCGUUCCUUUCACCGCGGCCGCCGACCAGCGCGGCGCCUCCCUGCCCGAGCUCCACGGGGAACAGCCGGAGGAAAUGCCCGCAGCCGCCCCCCUUGCAGCCGACAGCGAGCCCGAGACCCCCCUGGAAGGCGAGGCCGCCCGGGCGGGCCGGAGGAGGAAGCACAAGGAUAAAAAGGAGAAGAAAUCUAAACGCCGCGAUAAAUCCAAGGAACUGAAAUCCCAAACGGAGGAAAAUGAGCUAUCUGAAGAUGACCUUGAGCCUCCUAAACCCAAAAAGAAGAAAAAAGUUAAAGAAAAAGUAAAUCAGGAGAUUGAAGAAAACAGCCCAGAGGACAAGGUGAAAUCCUCAUCCAUGAACAAUGGCAUUGUCCACUCAAAAGCUCAGUGUAAUUCCAGUGAAACAUCAAGUGCAGAAUAUGACAGUGACCAAGAGCCAGUAAAGCAAUUGACAGAAGAGGAGAAAGAAGGUGCCUUCUCUAAUUUCUCUAUUUCCAAAGAAACAGCUGAACUUCUUAAAGGUCGAGGAGUAAAGUACCUGUUUUCUGUGCAAGUGAAGACCUUCCAGCCCAUAUAUGAUGGCAAAGAUGUGAUAGCUCAGGCUCGAACUGGAACUGGGAAAACGUUUUCUUUUGCUGUUCCUUUGAUUGAAAAACUUCAGGGAGACACACUGGAGAGGAAGAGAGGCCGCACGCCAAAGGUGCUAGUUCUUGCUCCAACGAGAGAGCUGGCAAUCCAGGUAGCCAGGGACUUUAAGGAUAUCACAAAGAAACUCACAGUGGCUUGUUUUUAUGGAGGAACUCCAUAUAAUGGACAAUUUGAACAUAUUAAAAACGGCAUUGACAUCUUAGUUGGGACUCCAGGACGAAUUAAAGACCACCUUCAGAAUGGCAAGCUGGACCUUUCCAAUGUGAAGCAUGUUGUUUUGGAUGAAGUUGAUCAAAUGUUGGACAUGGGCUUUGCUGAACAAGUGGAGGAAAUUCUAGCAUUUGCUUACAAAAAAGGUAAAUACUGAAUUUAUAUGAGUAUUGCA